GCGACAAUCGGUUUCUCGCCCAAGCGAUUAUGCGUCAUCGCGUGGCAUGGUACAAGACAAGUGCUUAAAAACGCUCAAACUGUUGCUGCAACCGUCAUAGAGGAGCUGAAUCUCUGCGGACUGCAGUAUUUCGUCUUAAAUAAAAAUGAAGAAUUGGCUUCCAAAUGUCAUCGGCUUACACUUGGUGCUUAUAUUUGUGGAGUUGGGAUGGUGUUCCACACUAGAUAAUAAGGUUUUUGAGGACACUGUCAUGAGGUCUGAACUGCGUGGCCACUUGGCGGCAGCUCCCGACAAUUGCAAUGGCUCCAUUACGCCAAGCAUCACAGAGGACACCGCCACUAAGGUCCGGAGAUUCGUUUUUGACAAAGAGAAGAUCAUCACGUCGAUGCGAAUCACCAUCACCGGUCAGUCUACCAAGCCGAAGCUCGUUGGGUUCAAGGUGGGCUUUUCCAGGGCAAACUGCACCAAUAGUCAGUUCGUGAAGGAGAACAACAAGGAGAAGUAUUUUCAGAUCCAGACCGGUACAAGCUCGAUAGUGAUAGAGAGACCGUGGUUCCCUAUCCGCUCACAGUGCAUUAGUGUGUUAGUCGACUGGAAUCGUAAUCCGAGUCCACACGAUUAUCAAGCGACAUUCGAAGGCUGUAAACUCGCGAACUCGUAUGGCAAAACCUACAUUGUGCAACCCGAAGCUGGGCAACACCGGAAGCGCGUUGUAGGCGGCUUGGCGUCACAUCCUGGAGAGUGGCCGUGGCUGGUGUCACUGAAUUUCCUGUUACAACACAACUACACGGAUAAGUCCGGGUUACCCCAUCUGUGUGGGGCAUCACUAAUUCAUCCGCAGUGGCUUCUCACCGCCGCGCACUGCUUCGUUGAUCCUGAGAGGCUCGACAUGUCAGACAAAACCAACUGGCGCGCGGUGCUCGGGGAGCACGUGCAGGGUCGAGAGGACGGCACGGAGCAGAAGCUCACAUUGGACAAGAUAGUCACACACCCCAACUAUACGCUGGAGCCUACGAUGCUGUAUGAUAUCGCCCUGGUAAAGUUGAGCAGGCCCGCUCACAUGUCCGAGUAUGUGAACACCAUCCGUAUCGAGCCCAACUACACCGCGCCCGAUCACAGCCACUGCGUAACUGCGGGCUGGGGAGACUUAGUGGAAGGGGGGGUGGGCUCGGAAAUACCGCACCAUGCUAGCGUGCAGAUUGUUCCCACUUCUGUCUGCGCUGACCUGUACAAUUCAAUUCACGUCGCCAUUGCUGACUCUGUUAUUUGCGCCAGCACUGAGGGAAGAGACUCCUGUCAGGGCGACUCGGGCGGUCCACUGGCGUGCUUCCAUGAUGGCCACUGGACUCAGGUUGGCGUGUCUUCUGGAGGCUAUGGUUGCGCCAGACCGCAGUACCCCGGCUUCUACACGCGCGUUAACCACUACUAUGAAUGGAUAAAGACUGUCAUCGAGGCCAACUGAGCAACCAAAACUACGGGAAAGAGUGUAACCACGGUGCGUGUAAAACUUCAAAUGGACACUGCACAACUAUCGGUGCGCCGGGAAGAUGCCGCUCGAAAUGUUGGACAGCUACAUCUCUACUGUAUAUCCAUAGCUUACAUUUAUACUUUUCCGGGUAUCUUCUCAACUUGAUACAUUAUUAAAAUAUCAGAUGGAA